GAUGCAGAAAUACGAGAAGCUGGAAAAGAUCGGGGAAGGCACCUACGGGACCGUGUUCAAGGCCAAGAACCGGGAGACGCACGAGAUCGUGGCGCUGAAGCGGGUGCGGCUGGACGAUGACGACGAGGGCGUGCCCAGCUCGGCGCUGCGGGAGAUCUGUCUGCUCAAGGAGCUGAAGCACAAGAACAUCGUCAGGCUCCACGACGUCCUGCACAGCGACAAGAAGCUGACCCUGGUCUUCGAGUUCUGCGACCAGGACCUGAAAAAGUACUUCGAUAGCUGCAACGGGGACUUGGACCCAGAGAUCGUCAAGUCGUUCAUGUACCAGCUGCUGAAGGGCCUCGCCUUCUGCCACAGCCGCAACGUCCUGCACCGAGACCUCAAACCCCAGAACCUGCUCAUUAACAGGAACGGGGAACUCAAACUGGCUGACUUUGGCCUGGCCCGGGCCUUCGGCAUCCCCGUGCGCUGUUACUCGGCGGAGGUCGUCACGCUGUGGUAUCGGCCCCCGGACGUGCUCUUCGGUGCCAAGCUUUACUCCACCUCCAUUGACAUGUGGUCAGCCGGCUGCAUCUUCGCAGAGCUGGCCAACGCGGGGCGGCCCCUGUUCCCGGGGAACGACGUGGACGACCAGCUGAAAAGGAUUUUCCGGCUGCUGGGAACCCCCACGGAGGAGCAGUGGCCGGCCAUGGCCAAGCUGCCGGACUACAAGCCCUACCCCAUGUACCCCGCCACCACCUCCCUGGUCAACGUGGUCCCCAAGCUGAACGCCACCGGCCGGGACCUGCUGCAGAACCUGCUGAAGUGCAACCCGGUGCAGCGGAUAUCGGCAGAGGAGGCUCUCCAGCACCCCUACUUCACAGACUUCUGCCCUCCCUAGGGCCCCCCCGGCGCUGGCCCGGCCCCACGCUGAGCCGGGGGGCAGC